GUACACAAGAGGGCGUGAGUACUUCACUUGCCUCAUGAUUACACCUGUUCUCACUGAACUCCCCGAGGGCCCACAGGCCACACACACACCAAACUGACUGCCUUUUAAAGCCUGCUUUCUUUCCAGGAACAAAACAGAUCCUCUACGUGACCUGCGCGAAGUCAAUCCAAAUGAAUGUAAAUGAUGAAAGGGGGAAAGAAUUUACCUCGUGGAGUAAAAUGGGCGCACGGCCUACGCUAAGUACCUCUGGAAUGACCCUCAUACAUCAUUAUCCAGCUGAACAGAUAUUGAGUGCGCAUCUCGAUCCUUCUUCAGCUCCACGGUGGAUGUGAGGACCGUGGGGAUUUUAUCAAACUUAAAGGAAAAAAAAAAUAAAACUUGUUUGCAGCUGUUGGAGCCCAUCAGGCGCGAAGGAGCAGCAGAGCCAUUGAAAUCAGAACAUGACCAGUUCCCUGGAGAAGGUUGUGGCCCAGAAGAAGGAGGCCAUCGAGGCGGUGAUGGAUAUGUUUGAGAGGGGAGCCGAGGUGCUGGCCAGCGCUGUGGGCGAGCUCUUCCCCCUCUGCGAGGCCGCCGCUCCGGUUCUCCGCCUGGCCUUAGACAACAUCCAGAGCAAAGAGGUCUUCUACGUCAAAGAGCAAUUCCUGACGGUGAGGAACAAGCUCGACGUGCUCUCCGCCCAACUCGAAGACAUCGACUGCGAGAUCAAGAAGGGCAGACUGGAUUCCCAGUACUUCUCAGUGGAGGAGAACAUCAGGAACCAGUUUCGGAAAUAUGUGGACAUCUUGGAGGCGAAACAGCAGUUCAGGGAUGUGAAGACCAGACUAUUUCUGGAGCAUUUCGCCAAGACUGGAGGAGAGAAGAACCUGUUUGUGCUGUAUGAUGCUCUGAUGGGGACAAACAGCUUCGGAGAGUCAGUUUUAGAGUUGGUUGAAAGGUAUGUAGCGAGGAACCGCCGUCUCCUGGAAGAUUUCUGUGUGCGCAUGAAGGAGCUCUUCUGUCUGGGCCUGAUUGCUCUCUUGGGUCACUGUGCCUUAACUCAGGGCCAAGAGGAAGAAGAGGACAAAAUCCACCAGUGGAGCAGCAAAAUUGAAGAAGUAGAGUCCAGGAUGAAGACAACUAUUGAGUCCUGCAUCGCUGCCUUCCCAGAGCAAUCAAAAUUAGACGCUCAGCGGCUCCUGCAAGAAAAGGAAGACCAGAACUUGCAAGAUACGAGUCAGCGGAUUCUUGAGUUCUUGGAGAAAAAAUACGAUUGGGUCCGCUGGUCGGUGCGGCUAAUCAACCAUUCAGGGAGCACCUACCGGAACUGGCGAGCAGGGGAGCACUUUCAUCACGUGGCAGGACAGAACUGGUUCGAGGUGCUCCAGGUGAACAACAUCAAUCUGGUGGUGUCAUACAGCAGCAAACCCCAGUCGGUGCCCCGUGACUUCAUCCGGCAGGUGAUGGAAGGCCAGGGGAAGAAGGGAAACGCCCCGGCAGUGGUGGAGGUGUUGGAGAAGCAGCUGUGCGGGUUUGUUGUUCACGCCGUCAGCCGCCACAAGGAGUCUGCAGCUGCUUGGAGCUUCCCGGAGGAGUGUCACUACUGGGAAAGACACAAGAACGUGGCAGUGUGUGUUCACUCGGAGUAAAACUGACGCAAGCUUAAGAUUUUACGAUUUCACAUUUAGAUACUGGAGUUAUGUGUUUCUUGUCCAGCUGCAAGACUCAGCUGAGAAUAUCAGUAUGCAAGUUUAUCUUAAAGAAUGAAUAUAAUAAAUGUUUGUACCAAUCUGACAGGCUUAUUAAACUAAUGAGGUAUCGGUCAGACGUCACAAUCCACUUUAAGACCUGUCUCUUAGUUACUGUUGUUGUUGAAAAGUCUGUCAUUCCAUCUUUACUCGGUCACAUCGGGCUUAUGUUGACUAAAUGCUGAGCACCGCAGCAAGUCCCGUUUAUCGAUUUGAGCAGGGUUUUUUUUUUUGUUGUUGUUGUUGUUGUUUUUUAUCUGUGCGUUCAUUUUCUGCACUGGGCUGAUGUAACUACAUAAAGUAACUAACCAGCUAGUAACUAACAGCUUCCACUUACAGUUAAGAAAUAAAUUUGGGAGCUGGAAGAAGUAUUCCAAUCCUUCAGUAAAAAUACAUCAGUAUUGUAAGUAAGAAUAUUCCAUUAGAAGCUUCUGUCUUCAAAAACCCACUUUAGCAAAAAAGUAUUAUCAGCUAAAUUUACUUAAAGUAUUAAAGUAAAAGUGUUUUUUAUGCAAAAAAAAGGACCCUGUGAAUGCAUAAAUCAUUAUGUAUGAUAUUUUUAGAUUGUUACUACUGACACAACAACACAUAAGCAGCAUUUCGUUGUUCUAGUUGUCAGAUUUGGGGAUCGUUUGAAUGACUUCAUACACAGGCAGUUUAGUUUAGUGGUGUUCAGAGACAAGGAGUCAGGCUCCCUCAGAUCAGUGUGAUGGAGUUACUUUAAACGUAUGACUGCCAUCGGAUCCGCGUGGUGAGGUAUAAAGAUUACAAGUUAGCAGAAAACCACAAGCUUACAUGUCUGAUUCAGAGACAUUGUAUUUCACAUUGUUUAAUCACAAACGCACUUUCUGGAUUCUGUGUCGGAUCUUUACUCUGUAGGCAUUUGAAUUACAGACUUUUGAUGUAAAUCCAUAUUAUGUUGUAUCUAUAAAUAUUAACUGCUUGCAUAUUAUGAACAGUGUCACUACAUUUCUAUUUGUAAUUUAUGACUUACUAACCACUUUGUUUAUAACCAAAAGGAAUUUUACAUUAACACUGUACUGUAUAAAAUAACGGGGAGUGUCCGAGCUUUACCUCAGCU